CUCGCUCCCCGCCGGCCGUCACCUCCAUGUCCCAUGGCGCCCUCCUCCGACCUUCCCCCGGGUUGCAGGUUCAACCCACACGAUGCCGACCUCAUCUCCGCCUACCUCCGCCCCAUGAUCGCGGGCGAGCGCCUCCCUGAACCAGCCGCCAGCUUCCUGCACUCGGCCGACGUCUACGCCGCCGAUCCGGCCACGCUCGUCGACGGGCACCUGCCCGCGGUCCUGGUGUCGCCCAAGACCGGCGACGAGAGGCGCUACUGGUACUUCUUCGGCUCCGCCAAGGCCAGGUCCGGGCGCGACAGGCGCAGGUCCCGAGUCGUCGGCGAGGGCAAGGGCCAGUGGCACUCCGAGAAGGGCAGGAAGGUUGUUUCCGACGAGCAGGGACGAAACAUCGGAGGAUACAAGCAGGAGUUCACCUAUAAGCCCACCAACGCCGACGGAUCUGGAACGGAAGUCUGGCUCAUGGUUGAGUUCGGUGCGGAUCAAGAAGAUGAUGAGACCGGCAAAUCCAUCCCCACUCUUUGCAAGAUCUAUCGAAGCCCGCGUAAGCCCAGAUCAUCUACCCCGAUUUCGUCGACAUCAUCAACACGGAUGAGGAAGAGGAAGGCUGGAGAUACGCCAUUGCCAGCACCAUCUCCUGUGAGGCGGCGACUGCUUGUUUCCCCUGCGGCACCAAUUUUGCCGCCGCCCGUACAGACACAGCCAGACUUGAACAACGACUUGGAUGGCGUCUCCUGGGACGAGCUUCUUCAAGAUCUCAUGUCCGGCCUCACACCCGACCAUGUCCUGGGCGACUUGUUGACGCCUGUCCCUGAAUCAAAUGCCAAUUGCAGCUUCUACAUGGCCGACCACGCCGGUUCUGCAGUGAGCAGCUACUGCGACACUGUCCUGGACGAAGGUGGUGCACGCAUGCCUUUUCCUCACAAUUCUGAUCAAGUCCUUCUGGGUGACCUGUUCAUGCCUGUCCCUGAAUCAGAGAUCAAUUACAGCUUCUCCAUGUCCGACCAUACCGGUUCCACGGUGAGCGUGAGCACCUAUCCCUAUGACAACAUGGUCCUCCAUGGCGCUUCAGUCACGCCCUUCUCUGAGAUUUCUGAUCAAGCCGACUUCUUCAUGCCAGUCUUCGAACCACAACAACCCGUUAUUGAGUCGCAGGGCCAUAGUACAAUGCUAAAUUGCAGCUUCCUGCCGUGUGCCCCAAAUGCUGGCAUUUCUGGUUCUUGGACAAGAGGCGACACCACGGACGAUGAAGUGGCCUCGAUCAAUUGGUAUGGUUCUGCUCCAAGCUCACCGGUGACUCUAACCGAGUGGAUGAUGCAAUUAGCAUUUGCCAGCACAUAUCAGUUCUGAAGCUGACCAGCUUGUACUGUCUUUUUCUGUUAGGCUAAGGAUAGGAUACAUGUUUUUGUUGCCUGUACCAAGGUUCAAGACCUGGAUGAGUUGGCUGACCAUCGAUAUAGUGUUGAC